CGACGUUUCUGGAGCAGCCAUUCCGUACUACUUAUCGCCUGGAUCGAUCCAAAAGGUUAAAGGGCAAAUGACUCUUAUUUAAUGAUGUCAUGAAUCGACAUUAUGACAAUACAUAGACCCAUCAAGAUCCUUCCGUGGAACCACAUUGGAUCACACAAAAAUAACCACCCACUCACUCAGUCACUCAAUCAUAUGAUCCUUGCUCUACUCUAGGUAAAGAGACAAUUGCUCAAAAUGAUAUUUCCUCCGUCUCUACCGAUUAUAACGACUAUUGUUGCCCCUCUUUCCGUUCUCCUCCUAUCGGUAGUCUCGGUAAACGCCGAAAGGUACAUCUCGCGAGUCAAGGAUAUACCUAAAAUCGGCCUAGGCACUUGGCUCUCCGACAGAGAAAAGGUUGCCCAUGCUGUUGAAUAUGCCUUAGAUUCAGGAUAUAAUCAUAUAGAUGCCGCUCUCAUCUAUCGAAAUGAAGAACAAACUGGCGAUGGGAUAGCUUGGGCAGGUGCUUCUCGAGAAGACAUUUGGGUGACAAGCAAGCUGUGGAAUGACCAUCACCGCCCUGACCAAGUCCAACAAGCAAUCCGGAAAUCGAUAUCAGACCUCGGCGUGGAGUAUUUGGAUCUCUACCUCAUGCACUGGCCGGUCGCCUUUGUUCUUGGUGAGGGAACUAAGAUAGAUGAGGGAACAUCUAUCUUCGACACUUGGCGGGCCAUGGAAGACCUUGUUAGAGCCAACCUGACUAGGAAAAUUGGCAUUUCCAAUUUCGCCAAGAAGGACGUCGAGGAUAUUCUAGCUAUGUGCACAAUAUGCCCAUACGCACAUGAAUUCGAGACGCAUCCAUACCUGCAGCAGCAAGAUUUCGUUGAUUUCCACAAAGAAGUCGGCAUCAAGGUCAUUGCAUACUCACCACUUGCGAAUACAAAUCCAACCUACGAUAGUGGUGUCAGACCCAUCAUGAAGGAUCCGUUCUGGAAAUUUAUAGCUGCGAAAAAGGACGCAACUGUACCCCAAGUUUUGCUGGCCUGGGGCAUCCAGAGAGGAACCACUGUGAUUCCAAAGAGCAUUCACGAGCAAUACAUCAAGGAGAAUCUCGAGGCAUUGGAUAUAAAGCUUACGGAGAAUGACAUGAAGGCUAUCGCUGCCCAGGAUAAGAAGACGAGGAUGAACGACCCUGGAAAAAGCUGGGGUAUAAAGCUGUUCGCAGAUUUAGACGAUCCCACGGAUCUAGAUGGGAAUGGGAAGAGCAAGGAGUUGUGAACGGGCCCGAAAUAUGACGUUUGAAUAGUCCUUGAACGUUCAAGCACGAGUGUCUUGAAGUUCUUAAACGGGGGAAUUUGAUUUAACUUGAGAUUGUCUUACUCGCAGUAAUACUAAGAAGUUCCUCGGUGCGGUACCUAUAGUCCAUGUCCUAACUAACGGCCAGUGACUAGUAAAAAUUAGUUCCAGCUAAACAAUAUACAAUCGUCUAUACAUAAGACUCAACUGAACAGGCCUAUGUCCUACUCUUGAAACUCUGGCUUCUACGUCCAGGGACUGCUCAACUGGCUGUACGGUGUGUU